AUGCCUCAAAGUCAACACAAGCACCUUCAGUCCUUCCAUGGACUAUUCAGGGCAAGCAGCCAUAGCAAUGGCCAUUCUUCAAAAAUUCCAAACUAUGCCUCAACUAUCCAUCAUGGAGAUUUCUACAAUGUGCAUCAUCAAGGACUCCAUAAGUUCCACCAUGGCACUCCAUCUGUUCAUUCAGGUUCAGCUAAAUUAAAUGUCUUCUCUAAACUGUCAUCUUAUGGUCACGGAUAUGAUUCUGGAAAACAUCUAAGCCACAAUCAUGAAAGUAGCUUUAGCAGUUUUUCGAGUCACAGUGGCCACAGUGGUUGGAAGAAUGAUGGCUUGCUCAAUGUUAAUGAGAAGGAAACCAUGCAACUCCUUAACGAGAGACUGGCAUCUUACCUGGAAAAGGUCCGCUCACUGGAACAGGAAAAUGCUAACUUGGAAAAGAAGAUCUGUGAAUGGUAUGAAAAAUAUUCACAUGAAGUUCUACCUGACUUCGAACAUUAUUAUAAAACUAUUGGAGAACUUCAGAGUAAGGUAUGCUUUGAAAAUAUGUAUGCUUUUUAGCAGGGGUAGGUAACUUUUGUCAUUUCAGAUAUUGUGGACUACAUGUCCCAUAAUGCUUUUUUUACAGCCAUAAUACUGGCAAAGCAUCAGGGGAGAUGUAGUCUACAAUAUCUGGAGUACCAAAGGUUGCCUACCCCUGAUGUAUAGUAAUCUGUCCAUGUUAAAAUAAUAACUGGUUAACAAUGUUUUGUUCUGAUAAUAUUGUUGCAGAUUACAGCAUCCAAAGUGGAAAAUGCAAGAAUUGUCCUAGAGAUAGACAAUGCAGGAUUGGCUGCUGAUGACUUCAGAAACAAGUAAGUAGCUGGGCAUACUCAAAAAUGGAGAGACUAUUAAACGCUAAUACAUACUAGUUAGUAUGCAAAAGGUAGAGUGCAGAUAUUCAAAUCUACAGAAAAUGACUCAAUAUAUAAAAGAAAUUCUAGUACAUUUCCUACAUAGAUGUAUUUCUACAAGGACGUCUAUAUCUGUCUGUCACGGACGUAGGCUGCCAAGAUAGUGGGGAAAGUGUGGAAGUGAAAGGGUUAAUGACAUCAGAUCCCUGGUUACCUGUUGCUAGUCCAAGCAACCACUAAAUUAACCCCUGCAAUGCCUCCUACACUAACACCCUAGUACACAAUUUACUGCCACCACCAAGACUUUAUAUCUGGGUGUCUUAGGUUACCCCACACACAGUAGAGUUAUAGUAUUACAACCUUACUUUACUGAUCAGACAUAUUUAAUUAACCCUUUGGUAAUGUGUUUACCUGAGCUUUCCUCAGGAGAGUCAACUCAUAGAGAACAAAGACACAAGCUGAUUAAGUAAACAUUUGAUCCGACAAUAAUGAUUCACAGUGCUGUACAAAAAUACACAAAAAAUGAUAUACAGAAACACAGAUAACAAAUUGCAAAACAGUCCAUAAAAUAAAAUAGGAGAACACGAGAAAUCCUUACAUAUAUUUAUUGAUUAUAUAUCAUUCUUGUGGGAGGUUUAGAUGUUAAAAUUCUCCAAGCAGAUAUUAAAAAGAAAAUCUCUCCUUGGAUAAUCCAACAUUCUCAUUAUAUAGCUCAAGCUGGUUGUUUCUAAGUGGCCAUACCCCUGGGUGGAUCAGAGGAGUUUGGCCUCACAGUUUAUUGUCCACUCUAUUAAACUGUCCAGGGCACUAGUGUGGAUUUACCAGUAAACCAAAAUGUGCCAUUUACAGUAUACCUCUACAAUUACAUCACAUUCCUCCAAUUCUUGUGAGUUUUUAGAGAUCAAACGUGCUAACUUUAACUCCUUGGUAAGUAUCCAUUCUGGUUUCCCAUAGCAGGCCCAUCUUCCACUUGGCAUGUUUGGUACCAAACAAAUGGAUAUAACCUGGGCAAUCUGAAAAUAUAUUCAUAUUGGGCCUUCUCAUAAUAUAUAUAUACAUGUUCUCAAUAUUUCCUUACAUGAUGUUGUCCUUUGAAAAACCCAAAGUCAGAGUAUAUGCACCAAUACCUUUUAUGAUGCCCUAUGUCCAACUCUGGUGAUGGUUAUCUAGAAUUUACAUUUUAUGGCUUAGGCCUGGUGUUAGAUCACAGCCUACAAUAAAUGUUAUCCCGGCAUGUACAACUCAUAACCCAAAAAUCAUGCUUUGGCAUGACACCAUCCAAAAGUAAAAACUGAAUAUUUUUCACUGUUAUAGCUCUUUUGUCAAAAUUAAAAGAAGCAGAUAAAUGUCUCAUUUAUACAUUUAUGCCCUUUAUUUAAUAAAGAUAACAAAAAGUGAAACGUUGGCAAAGAGAGAAAAGAGAAAAUACUAAAUAAUCAAAAACUAUAAAAUGUGAAAAAAAUUCCAAGGAGGUCUUAAAUAAGAGUUUCCUAUUUAACAUAAUGGAUUUAAUAGAUGCUGUACCACAUUAAACCAAAGGGUGGCUCUGCCUUAUUGUAUACAUAGGAUAACUACGGUAUGGAUAUAAUAGUACCAAACAGAUAGAAAUGUAUUCUACAAUGCUUUCUCCUGGAAUUUCUGGAUUACAUAUAUUACGUUACAGAUAUGAAUUAUAAUAUUAAGUUACAGGUCUGAAAAGUGGUAAUGGUGUUCACUAGAUUUGUGUACGGUGAAAAAAAUUCAGUUUGACCAAAUCAUUUUUUUCAAAAAUUUUAUUUAGCUUGGGAUCUUGACGAUUUGGCUCAUCCAAAUAUCGUCCAUGAAAAUUUUUUAGGAAAAUGAUUGAGAUGAACAAAAUAUUGUACGGAAAUUUGCCAAUCACUGUACUGCUGAUAUAUACAUAAUAUAUUGAUUCUAAGAUCAAGUAAGAAAAAGUCACAUUUAUUAUUUAAUAUGUUAGAUUUAUUUGUUUAUUUGAAUGCUCCCUUUUUUAUGCUAUUGGUUACUUCUUACUUGAUCUGUGAAUAAAAUCCACAUUUAAUGGCUGCCCUCCAGGAUGUUUUUGCUUGGUUAUAUGUUCAUAUGGCACUUUAGAGAUAUGGAAUUCGGCCAAACCAACAAUCAGCCUCAAUUCUUAUGAAUUGCAAUUCAGCUGAAAUCAAAUGCACACGUUUAGUGCUUAUGUUUAAUUUAACUGAGGAGAAAAUUUAAUUCUUGAUGUCCCCAUGCUUAUUGUCUUCGUGAUUAACUACAUAUUUUUUUAUUAGUCAAACAUUUUAAAAAAUAACUUUGAAAAACAAAUUAGGUUUCAAUUGUGCAUUCUGGAUUGCUUGUGUUAAUAUAGGUAUGAGAUGGAAUGUACGCUGAGGAGCAACAUUGAAGCAGAUGUGAAUGGUCUUCGUAGAAUUCUAGAAGGACUAGCCAUUGAGAGAAAUGACCUAGAGAUGCAAGUUCAGAACCUUCAGGAAGAACUACAGCAGAUGAAGAAAACUCAUGAAGAGGUAUUUACCACGAAAUACUAAGUGAAUAUGAUAUAGUCUGUAGUAAAAAAAUGCACUUCUCAUAUAUACCUUAUGACAAUGCAGGAAGUGACGAGUUUACGUACUCAGCUGGGAGCCAGGAUCAAUGUGCAAGUGGAUGCUGCCCCAUCUGUGGAUCUUAAUAGAGCUCUGUCUGAUGUCCGGGAACAGUAUGAAAACUUGAUGGAGAGAAAUCUGAGGGAGGUUGAGAGCAUGUUUCUUACAAGGGUAAGAUAGAAUAUUAAAGCAAAUUCAGUUUCAAUAGUAUGUAUUAAUGGAUAAGUCCCAUAUUUUUUUUUACAUAUAUUUUAAUGGUUAACAAUUUGCUCCGACAGAGUGAAGAGUUGAAUCGUCAGGUGGAAUCUGGUUCAGAGCAGCUACAGUCUGUCCAGACGGAUCUCAUUGAUUUAAAACGUUGUAUACAAACUCUGGGGAUUGAACUGAAGAGCCAGCAGAGCCUGGUAUGAUUUGGCAUCCUCUCUACCUACCCUAGUGUUUAUGUAUAUUAAUAGAUAAUCAACAGAAUGAUUGGUUUAAUGCAUCACUUUAAAUAAAGUAGACCUUGAAGUUCAACUAUACGCCUAGUUGAGUGACCUGAACUAUGGAUAUACUUUUGUGUUCCUAAGAUAUCCUCCUUCCAAUAGACAGAAAUAUAACAAUUGCAUUGUUAGUUAUAGCCUAGUUUAAUAUUCUGGAAAUAUUUAUUUGACUUAUGUCACUUUAGUUUCAUUAUCUUCAAUUUCUACCUUUGUUUCAUCCCUUAAUUCCAGAAAUCAGCUCUUGAGCGCACCUUGGCUGAGACAGAGGGAAGCUUCCAAUCUCAGCUCAAUCAGUUACAACAUAUGAUAGACAAUGUGGAAGAACAACUAGUUCAAACACGAUCUGAUCUAGAACGUCAAAUUCAUGAAUAUAAAAUACUAAUGAAUCACAAGGCACUUCUGGAGAUGGAGAUCGCCACUUAUAAAUCCCUGAUGGAGGGUCAUGACAUACAGUAUGUAUAUUGUGGGCAAUUAAUUAAAUAAAUUCACAGUAGACAAGUAUUAGAUGAAUGGAGGACUGUGUACCGUUAUUAUUAUUUAUAUUAAAUUGCACAAGGUAUAAGUCCAGAAAAUAUUCUGUAACCCUUAAAUAGGUGUAGUUCAAUCUAGAAAUUAAAGUCAAAUUGCUCAAUAUUUAGUUACAGAUAAUGCACAUUUAUGGAAUUCAUGCUAUUAUAAGUAGUGCCAUAGUAAGUGUGAGCAUUUUGUGGUAUAGAAUAGAUUAUGUUAUAUUUCACAUAAAAAUAGAGAUGUUGUGUGAUAAGAUAGCCAAUGGUUUAGAGUUAUUCUCUAUAAUGGGAACUGUGUAGAAUUGAAAUUAAUAUUGCAAAGUUUUAGCCAAAUAAGUAAAUUGGAUAUUUUUUAAUUCGACUAUUAUGACUUACAUUUUUCAACUAUAUUGUCAGUUCUGCAUAAUUCCCAAUUUAGUGAUUAAAGGGACACUGUAGGCAAUUUUUCUGCAUCAACUCAUUAACCUGGUUAUUGUAUCUGGAAUACUCCAAGGUCAUCCUAUCAUUAAACAGUUAACUGCGUUAAACGGUUUUUAAUGUUUUUAUGUUUUAAUACUAAAUGAGAGUUCCCAGCAGCCCAACCCUUCUGUGCUGCUUUGACUAAUGAGGAAGUAUUAGCGUGAGCAGCAAUGGACAGCUGUGAUUGGGUAAGAGUGUCAGCUGACUGAUGUUAGCCUAUCAGAUCUCCCAUUGUAAAUACGAAUUGGUAUAGAUACAAGGAAGUGUGUAAUCAAGGCCUUAGCCACACCUCUAGUUUUUGCCAGGGACCUUUAUUUUUUGUUAAACUACUUAAAAAUGGUUUGUUUAACAUUGAAUGUAGGGACAGUGUCAGAUGACUCCACGGACUAUAAUCAUUUCAAAGAGAUGAAAUGGUUAUAGUCACUGCAGUGUCCCUUUAACCACCAUUACUUCAAGAACUGUCAAUCAAUAAAUUGAAUUUGCAUACCCUUAGAGAAAGUAACGACAUCUUUGACACCAUCAAAACAAUGGGGGCUAACUAUAAAAGUGUUGUGUUCUCAUGAGUAUUCAAAACUACUAAAAGUGGCCAUGGAAACCAGUGGAAUCAUCAGGCACUUUGCAUUGAUGAAUGCUCCCCUUUUCCUUAUUUGUACCACUUUUCAGAACAAACAUACUUUAUUGCUAAAAAUUGCUUUAAUACAAUACAAAAUUAGUGAUACAAUUGCAGUGCUAAUUGGUGGUCCUUUAACCCCUUAAGGACCAAACUUCUGGAAUAAAAGGGAAUCGUGACAUGUCACACAUUUCAUGGGUCCUUAAGGGCUUAAGGUCUGAUUUAAGAUGCUCUUUAAAUAUUUGUGACUUGUAAGAUGUUUUAUUUCCUUGCAGCGUCCCAGAAAACAAACACAAAAUGAUGAAAGAAAGUAAGUACUUAUAUUAUGCAAUGAUAGGUUAUUACAGUAAAGUCACAGAGCUGUUUUUAGCUACAAAGCACUUCAGCUUUUCAAGUACACACAAUAAAUACUAUGAAUAUAAUAUUAAUGUUUUCAAAUACUUUAACAUUUUUUAUUUUUUUUUAAGUUGUGAAAUCUUUUUAAGUCAAGAUGUUUGUGAAGAAUUACACAUUACAUUCUCUAGGUUUAAGUGUGCAGGCAAGUAGUUAAAGGCAAAAGGACAUUAAUAAAAUAAACAGCAUUCAGAACAUAUACAUCCUAAUGCUUUAUGACAAGAUGUAAGUACAGACAGAAAAGUCGCAUAAAAGUUUGAUGCGUAAACAUUGCUGAGUAAAGAGCAAUAUUCGUUAUUUCAUUACGUGUUAGCUAUUUUCCUGUUAUUCUGGAAUGGUUUUGAAUAUGAAAUAUAUAGUUUAAGGUGAACUCUAAACACUAUAACCACUGUAACCCAGUGUAGUGGUUAUGGUGCAAAAAGGCUAUAGGCGCUGCUUGGAGUAGUUUGACAAAAGGCAGGGCUCUUCGCAUAGCCUGAACCUUCUCCAGAUGGACUGAUAAGGUUUUUAUCGACAAUGCAAUAUUAUUAAUGGUAAUUCUAUCCUACCUGGAUGGAAAUUAUCGGCUGAGAGUAGUGAGAAAAACAGUGUUCUCAGCCAAUCAGCCAAUCAGAAAUUAUAUUCAUAAUGCUGAAGUCUAAAUUUGGAGAUAUUAGUACAGCUGUAUACUGGGUGAGUAAUUGGUGCUGGGAAGAGCCCUAUUUCUUUUUGUUAAAAAUGGUUUGACAAAAAAGUGGGACAGGGCCCUUAGCCUUUUUGUACAAUAAUCACUACAUUGAGCUAUAAUGGUUAUGGUACCUAGACUGUCUCUUUAAGUACACAUAAUUUAGAGCGUUAACUCUUAUCUCCAGGGUCCUACAUGUUCAGAGGCGUAACUAGACAAUUGGCCUGGGGACCCUCCCAUACGUCUACCCCCGCAAUCCCUCCAUACAUCUAUCCUCCCCCUUCCAUACGCCCCCCCACACACAUGCAGACAAACAGAUACACAUACAGGCACACACAUAGACACACACACACACACACACAUAUGCAGAGACACACACAUACAUACAGGCUCACAUACAUACAAACACACACACAUACAUACAAACACACACACACACACAUACUAACACACAUACAUACAUACAUACAUACAUACAGACACAUACAUACAAACACACACACAUAUACAGACACAUAGACAGACAUACACACACACACAACUACAUACAGACACACACAUACAAACACACAUACACACACACACACACACAAACACACAGACACAGACAGACAGACUUGGGCCACCCGAUGGACCCCUUCGGCCAGGGCCGCGUUACAUAGCCGGCAGGUACCGCAGUCGCAGGGGUCCGCAGGGCAGCCGAAGCCCCUGGAGUGAUGGGCCUGGUUGCAGCUGCAACCCCUGCUACCGCGGUAGUUCCGCCACUGUACAUGUUUUAGAUUGCAUCUCGAUGAAUACAGGUGGAAUACAAAAAUACUUUACUUUUAACGUGUGAAAUGGCUGCUCAGGAAUAUGGGUUUUAUUAGACUUCAGUUUCAAACCUACUAUAUGUCUUUGUUUUUCUUUUUUGUAGUGUCCAUUAGCAAUGCAAAGCAGCAUGUGACUACCCACCAUGAUCUUGAACAUGAGAAAGCUGUGCCUUCUCCAGAGCAUGAAAUGCAGAACAAGUGAUAACGCAAAAGACAUUUAAGCUUGCGUAGAAUAGAUAGAUGAUACAAAGCAUUGCUUAAAGAUGAAAUUAGUACAUCCAUGUUGAGUCUUUUGUUUCACUCUCCAGCUAACCUUUACUUACUCUGUAGAAUCUGUCAAACAAUAUGGACUGCAAGCAACUGCAUUGGGUAAAAAAUCUUUAGUGUGGGAAUCGAUUCUGUUUUGGGUUUUCAUUUAAAUAAAAACUACAACACAGCUGAAGCUUCUUAAAGUGAUUUCAAAAACUUUGAUAUUUAGGAGGGAUAUCAGUUUGUAUAUCAAAUCUAGUGAUGCAAUCUCUUGCUCUAUUAAUGGACCGCUAGAACCUGCCACAGGCUCUUGUGUGUGAUUAAAGUUCAACUAACAAUCUUCUAAAGUAAACACACUGUGCUGAAGAGAUGAUUUAAAAGGAUACCAUUUUUUUUUUCAUGCAGACUGUGUGGGUCACCGCCAGGGGAGGAGUAGCUAGUAUUGCAUAAACAGAAACAAUGGUGAUUUUACUCCUAAAUGGCAAAAUAGGAGUACUGUGCAGUGAGACUUCAUGGGCAUGAUCUAUACACCAAAACUGCUUCAUUAAACUAAAGUUGUUUUGGUUCUUAGAGUGUCCCUUGAAACAUGUAUUAGGUAUUCAAAAUAAGUUAUUAGACUAUUAAACAGUGAUUAUCUAUCUGAUAAAAUGCACCUUAAAGGGACACUAUAAUAACCAGAACAACAAAAGCCUAAUGUAGUUUUUCUGGUGUGUAGAGGCUCCAGUAAGUGUUUUUAAAUUACUGCCCAGUCACACCUCUAGUGGCAGAAUGUUCAUGCCAUAAACUUAGUAAAUGCUACAUUAGAUAUGACCACCAUAAAGUGGUAUUAUGGCCAUGCAGCAGUCCAUAUCCAUGUGAGCCCUCAUUCAUGUUCUACAAGCUGUGUCAGAGUCAGAUUUAACAUGGCAUGUGCAAAAUGUAAAUUAAAUAAUGAAUAGAAGCAAAUUAAAGAAAACAAAAAGCAUGGGUGUCAGAUGAAGCAAGGGACUAGAAGCAACUCUCCAUUAAGUCACAAAUCAUAUAUGUAAAAACUUGCGGUUUUGAUUUAAAUAGGGAAGGUCGUCUGAAAAAAAAUGCCUGUUUGUCUGUAGAGCUGAGUGAAAGAGUUAAGUAAUCAGGUGAUUAAAGAAAGAGCUAACUCAGCCCCCAAAAAAUUAUUUUUAGACAGACAGACAGAUAGAUAGACAGAUAGAUAGAUAGAUAGACAGACAGACAGACAGACAGAUAGAUAUAUAUACUAGCACUCUGGGUUUCCAAAUAACGUCCUUACUUUAUUAAAAUACAAAAUUCCAUAGAUUGACAUUUCACUUCCAAUACGGAACUUUCCAUAUAUCUAUGACAUGAAAUAAAUAUAUUAUAGAAAAUUCCACAAGUAAUUUGAUUCGGGGGAUAGAAAACUACGAAAAAGGUUUGGAUGUUUUUUUCAAAUAAAUGGAUGACAUUGUGAAGUUAAACUAAUGGGCCGACCAUAAAAGUGUAAGAAAAUGGUGAUGGAUGGUUGAAGUGAAUUAGCCAAUCAGAAGGCAGCAUAUCUGUAAAACAUUUUUUAUAGGUUCCAAACCUUUUUUUUUUGUCUGUUUUUUUUUUUAAAUCUGCCUGCUAAUACCAGUCAUCGUUAAUGUCCUAACGUUAAUGUAUUAGUUUAACCCCACACUACUCCUCUCUACCAUUUUGAUUGACAGUGACAAUGUGGCGUAGGAUGGUAUCUAGUGUUUCCUAAAUAAUUUAAAUCAAAUCUGGCUGGAGAGUAUCCAGAAAUUAUUAGCAACAUGAUCUGAAUUAUAGCAGCUACGUUACUUUGAGUAUCCCUUUGAAUAUAUCCAGUAAUAUGCCUCACUGUUUUUUAAAUAUAUGUACACCUCAAUUUACCCAGCAUAUGUUCCUCUUCAAUAGGUAAUAAGGGCUGUACAAAUAGAAGAAAAGAUCAACCACUUUGAUCUCUGUACAUUAUUAAACGUAGCCACUUUACAGGAGCUUUUGUAUUGCUUGAUAAAUCAUAAUUCAAAGGAUCUUAAAUGGUGUCACAUUCUUGGUUCUCUAUGCCAGUGUUUAUCAACCUUUUAUGAAGAAGUACCCCUCCAGGUCUAACACAAAUUCCUAAAUGUAGACACUGAUAUUUAAGUUAAUCUCAUAUUAUUGUUAAAAUAAAUAUGAAAUAAUGUGAAUAUUGUGUAUUUAAGGAGGAGUGAACUAAUAAUCUGAAGUAAAAAAGUCACAAAAUUCAAAUAUAAUACACACAUAAUAGGUACACACAGAGGACACUGACACACACACAUUUACACAUGGAGGACACUGACACUUAGUUACACACAGAGGACACUGACACACAUUUACACACAGAGGACACUGACACAUAUUUACACACAGAUUACACUGACACACACACAUUUACACACAGAGGACACUGACACACACAGGAUACGGACAUACAAACACACACACACACACAGAGGACACUGACCCACACGCAUUUACACCCAGAGAACACUAUCACACACAGUUGCAUACAGAGGAUAUGACACACACAUAUGUACACACACAUAUGUACACACACAUAUGACACUGACACACACACAGAUGACACUAACACACACAUACACACAUAGUAAAUGAUACAUACACACACAUUUACACACAAAUGACACUGACACAUACACACACAUUUACACACAGAGGACACUGACACACAUAUGCACAUCUACACAUGGAGGACACUGACACACACACUCACUGACAGACACACUCUCACUGAUUUGAAACACACUGAAAGCCACACCUACUGACACACCACACAUAUUCAAUGACACACACUCUUACUGACACACACAUUCACCUUCAGAGCGUCACACUCACUGAUAGUCCCAUUCACUGAUUUGACACACACUAACAGACACACUCUCACUGAUAUUUGACCAACACUGACUAGACACACAUUAAAAAAAGAAAAAUAAGAAGGUCACUUUUGACUUGAUCAGGUUGCCCCUUUGAGAGUUUAGGCAACAAUAAUUUUUGGUUGCUGUUUCCAAUAUUUUCUUUUUUUUUUUUUUUUUAUAUGACAAUUGUAGCAUUGAUUGAAUAGCAUUGUUUUCUUUUCAGACACCUGUUGCAGUUACCUACUAAUGAGGAUAACGUUAUUGUUGGUUGAUGCGCAGUCUUUUAAUAAUACAUUCUUUGAAGUAAAUUAAGUUCUUUGAUGUGGAUAUUUUAACUAGUCAAUUCAAUCUAGUUCUAGCAUGAGAAGGGAAACUAUUCUGCCUUAUUAAGUAUGCUGUCUCAGAUAUACCACUUUUUAAUUCCCUGAAAGCAGUGUAUACGUGAAGUACCACUAAACAUGACUAAUAAAAAUUAAUAAGAAAAACAUCCAUGCACUAUGCUAUGCAAAUUAAAAGCAAAUCUAUAGUUAAACACAUUUAAAAUUUUAUUAACCAAAUGCUUUUCAUGUAUACCAUGUUUUUAUACCCCAGGUAUUGAUGUAGCUAGAGAUGAGGUAUGUAAGAUCAGAAUGGUUUCAGUCAUUUUGAAGUUGUAUGCUACAGCAAUACUUUCGUACACUUUAUCUUCGUUAUCUUGUUUUCUUGUUUUGUAGUUUUAUAGUUAUGAGAUAAACAAUACUGUGAUGGACUGCCUGGCACCCUGACUGGGUACCUCUGUCAAGCUCGCUCCCUAACUCUUCUCUGGGACACAGGAGUGCUUCUACCCCUAGCUGCUGCAGGUUGGCUGGGGUCUCUCCAUCGCUUCCCAUCCUGGAACAGCUUCAGGUGAUUUAGUUCUCCUGCAGAGAGUAUAGCUGAUCCACCCAAACACUAGCCUAGACUGAGUGAAGGGUGUAAAGGAAUUGGUUUAUUAUGGACAAGUUGCCUGCUUUAUACACAGCCUUCAGCAUGGGUCUCCAUUUAAUAUAAGACAAGCCCCUCCCAUAAAUUGCUGUGCCUGGGAGAUAAUUGCAUUAAAGACCAGUGUUUUUCCUCUGUUGUUUCGUGUGGUUCCUCUUUGGCCGUUUGGGAGACUCUAUACGAACAGAAUCCCUUCGUCUCCCGAACGAGGACCACACCUGUGCCCCAUUAGAACGUUGACACCAACCACUUAAGUGCGAAACCGCAAAGGGAAACAAUUAAUGAGUGCUUCCCCUGCAUGGCCACCAUUUUGAAUAACUGAACACGUGGUAGAGAGAAUGAUGGCCAUCUUGUCUCCCGAACGUGGGUAGCGGUACUUGGUUGUCGAGUGCCUGGAACUCUUUUUGGCUAGACACUCGUGCAAACACCAGUAAACCUUAGACCGCUGCCCGUUCUAGUUCCCGACCACCUACACGAACAAUGUUCGGAUAUAUGGAGAUAUGAACUACCGGACAGAGGGAGCAUUCGUAUACUGAAAAUAAGAGAUUCCCUUGUAUGGUGUUCACACUGGAACCUCAUGAACUGAGACCGGCUAGGGCAACUAUUUCUCUGGAACUCAGAUAUGUGAGGGAGUGGAAUUUUUGGUGCUUGUACUUUGCAUGUGUGGCAGCUUUGGCUCCCCUAACCAGAGUCUCUUCUUUCUGGAGUUGUAGUUGAUAUGGAACUAUUAUGGGCUCGCGCCUCAUGUCUGACUGGUCAAAAGUUAACCCCGGUGGCAUUCCAGUUCUGCCGAACCAAUCUGAGUGAUUCUUGGAUAUGUUGGACACUCGGAUUGGGGCUAUUGGAGAAUGUACUUUUUGUGGGGUUCCUGGGUAUGGUUUAGGUAUUUUUAAGGUACAGGAUAUUUUGUUGGAUUUUCUGUACCUAGGAGAUAAUUAAAUUAGAUGAGUUUUCUCAGAAAAUUAUCUCUCAGACACAGAAGAUCCUGGUAUUGAAAACCCUGCAUUAUUGUAUGUGAAACCCCUUGCAUGGAACUGGGCAUAAAAGUCAUGUAUGUGACAAACUUCAGUUGUACUCCCAGAACUGUGUAUCGUCUAGUCUCUGGGGAGGAGGUGGGAUAUUCUUUGACUGUUUUAUUGUUCCUAGUUAUACUUUGGUGGAUCCAGCGGAGAAGAGUCCCAGCUAGGACUAAGGCUCUGCUACACCCCUAUGCUGCAUGAAUCUGAGCGCUAUCUGGAGAUCUCAGAUCAGGGCUAUUUAGGGAUGUAUUAUGUGGAGUUAUUAUGCCUCCUGAGUGAUGGCAUACCUGAGUGAUGGCACUGCCUUUACCCGACCAUAGUUCUGUAUAUCCUCGUCAAGGACUGUGCGGCAGGCUUCCGCUGCCCUCCCUGACAGCCUGCAUGGUCAACAGGGGCACCCAGUCUUCCGGACUGAUCCUAUGUAGGGCACAUUGUCUCUCAAAGUCUUGGAGAAAGGCAUCAAUAUCUUUUUCCGCCUCUACAAAGUUUUUAAAUGCACCAUAAGGUAUUUUGGGCUUACCCUCUGGUACCACUGUCACUGGCUGGGUCCGUUUGGGGGUUUGCUGUUCUUUCUGUUUCAGAACAAACUUCUGGACCUCCAACAUGGUUCAGGCAAUAAUAUUGUUCAGCAGUUCUCUUUGAAAAUCCGUCAUCAUUUCCCGUUCGUGCUGAAUCGAAGCACCGUCCGUUCGGUAUUCUGCCAUCAGUUCGGCAAUGAGGGUGGCCUUCUUUUUGUUACUUGUUGCUAUCUCUCUUGCCUCCAGAAGAUCCUUUAGUGUGGACCAUUUCAGGUCAGAUUAGUUCAUCUCCAUCCAGGGUCCAUCUGCUACUGCUAUCCACUGGCUCUUGUUUCUCUGUGGGUUCUGGAUCCCGACGCUGCCAACCAAAGUAGCGGAGCCCUAGUCCUAGCAGGGACACUUGUCCACUGGAUCCACCAAAGUAUAACCAGGAGCAAUAAAAAGCCAAAGAAUAUCCCACCUCCUCCCCAAAGACUGGAUACACAGUUCUGGGAGUACAACUGAAGUUUAUUGCCACAUACAUGGCUUUUAUGCCCAGUCACAUGCAAGGGUUUUCACAUACAAUAAUGCAGGAUUUUCAGUCCCAGGAUCCUCUGUGCCUGAGAGAUAAUUGCCUGAGAAAACUCAUCUAAUUUAAUUAUCUCCCAGGUACAGAAAAUCCAACAAAAUAUCCUGUACUCCAAAAGUACCUCAACCAUACCCAGGAACCCCACAAAAAGUACAUUCCCCAAUAGAUCAGGGUGGUGCAGUAGACAUUGCUUACCUAGAUUUCAGUAAGGCUUUUGACACUGUUGCACAUAGAAGGCUUAUCAAUAAACUGCAAUCUUUAAGUUUGGAUUCCAAUAUUGUUGAAUGGGUAAGGCAGUGGCUGAGUGACAGGCAACAGAGGGUUGUAGUCAAUGGAAUAUAUUCGAAGCUUGGACUUGUCACCAGUGGGGUACCUCAGGGAUCUGUACUUGGACCCAUUCUCUUUAAUAUUUUUAUUAGUGAUAUUGCAGAAGGUCUUGAUGGUAAGGUAUGUCUUUUUGCUGAUGAUACUAAGAUAUGUAACAGGGUUGAUGUUCCAGGAGGGAUAAGCCAAAUGACAAAUGAUUUAGGUAAACUAGAAAAAUGGUCAGAAUUGUGGCAACUGACAUUUAAUGUGGAUAAGUGCAAGAUAAUGCAUCUUGGACGUAAAAACCCAAGGGCAGAGUACAGAAUAUUUGAUAGAGUCCUAACCUCAACAUCUGAGGAAAAGAAUUUAGGGGUGAUUAUUUCUGAUGACUUAAAGGUAGGCAGAUAAUGUAAAAGAGCAGCAGGAAAUGCUAGCAGAAUGCUUGGUUGUAUAGGGAGAGGUAUUAGCAGUAGAAAGAGGGAAGCGCUCAUGCCAUUGUACAGAACACUGGUCAGACCUCACUUGGAGUAUUCUACACAGUACUGGAGACCGUAUCUUCAGAAGGAUAUUGAUACCUUAGAGAGAGUUCAGAGAAGGGCUACUAAACUGGUUCAUGGAUUGCGGGAUAAAACUUACCAGGAAAUUUUAAAGGAUCUUAACAUGCAUAACUUGAAGGAAAGACGAGACAGGGAGGAUAUGAUAGAAACAUUUAAAUACAUAAAGAGAAUCAACACAGUAAAGGAGGAGACUAUAUUUAAAAGAAGAAAAACUACCACAACAAUAGGACAUAGUCUUAAAUUAGAGGGACAAAGGCUUAAAAAUAAUAUCAGGAAGUAUUACUUUACUGAGAGGGUAGUGGAUGCAUGGAAUAGCCUUCCAGCUGAAGAGGUAGAGGUUAACACAGUUAAAGAGUUUAAGCAUGCAUGGGAUAGGCAUAAGGCUAUCCUAACUAUAAGAUAAGGCCAGGGACUAAUGAAAGUAUUUAGAAAAUUGGGAAGACUAGAUGGGAAUAGUGUCUGGCGAGCGUCUAUUCCGCUACAAGGGGAAACGUCACCGUGUUAAAGUUCUGACUGGCCACACACGUGGUCCUGUGCCCAAAACAGUUCCAGGGCAUUUUGUGCUUUGGCAUGUCAAUUUUCGGGAGCUCCUGCAGCCUCAAUAUAGGGUGCUGUGGUCUGGGUCUCUGGUAGCGUUUGUUCCUCUUAGUCUCAGGCGCCUUCCCUCCUAGCGGAUUUCAAAGUGGUUCAAAACCGCGAACCAAGUUGUCUGAAAACCACAUGGUCACCUCAUGCUGAAAACAGUUUCAUAACAUUCAUGGCUAAGUCCCGCUGAAGUGCCCGGGAACCCACAAAGUCCUCAUGCUGAAAUUAUUUCCAUAGCGAUCGCGGCUAAGUACCGCUGAGGACUAUUCGUGGGUUUGGUUCAUGCGAACGGCCACCAGAGAGCCAGCAUUUGGUUUCAUUCUCAUGUAAGGAAAGUGCCGAACCAGGGGCACCCAGGGCAAGUUGCUAAUGGCGGCUGGGGAAGUUUAACUCCCAAACAGGGUCUUUGUAUAUGGCCCAUAGUCCUUGAGCAGGAGGCUAUCUAGCAGGCUCCUUCAGGAGCUCAUGGCAUAGGCAUGUUUGCCACAAAUACAUUCUGAAAGACUAUGUUUGGUGUAGAAAACUUAAUACAAUGAUUGCCUGCUUCAAUGCAACUAUACCUGUGACCUUUCCUCUGUUUACAUAAAGGGAUUCUAUAGUGUUAGGAAUACACGCCCCUCCCUCCCUCUUUGCCAACCCCUUUGAUACAUAAAGAGUUAAAAACUCUUUAUUGACUUAAUAGAUUCCAGCAUCAAUGUCCCUUCGCACUGGGUUGGCUCUCCUUCAACGUCAUCCAAAAGGGUCCUAAUGUGCAUGUGCGAAGAGCACUGCAAGCCCAUUGGGCCCUAUUUGCUUAAAUGCUUUUCUGUAGAGAUUUCACUGCAGAGUGUGAGAAUGUCCAGCAUCAGUUAGGCGACCUAGAAUCUGGUUAAGUCCUAUAAGCACCUCUAGUGGCUGUCAGUUUCUCUAAAACUGCAAUGUUUUACAUUGCAGGACUAAGGACAAUAGGGACACUGUACCCAGACCAUUUCAAUGAGCUGAAGUGGUCCAAAUGCCUACAGUGUCCCUUUAGCCUACCUAAUGAACCUACCUGUGUAUAUGUACAUUCUCUGUUGUCUCAAAUAGAAUAUGUGUCUUUGUCCUCACUGAGUUUAUUUUUGUGUAUGCGAGGGAUCCAAGGAGGGUUACUUAGGUUUUUUACUUGCACAGACAGUUGGACAGUUAUAAUCUCUUGAGCCAUUUCAUUUUGGUACCUUGUUUGGAAUUUUGACUUUGUAGAGUUUAGCCAACAUAUGCAACAAAGAACAGUUGCUGGACUUUCAUGUCACCCAUUCAAGAACCAGAGCCACCCUAAAAGAGAUCCCCUAUAUUCUAUAACUCAACAUCCAUGACAUGGAACAAAUAAGUCACUUCCCAAAACAAUCACAGCAUAGCUUGAGUGUAUCACUAAAAGGACUGUAAGAUUUCACUGCAAUUACAAAUGUGACGCAUGCUGCAAAUAAUUCUAACUAAAUGAACACUUGUGGCACUAUGAAUUAUACCAAUUGCUGUAGUGAAUGUUAUUAUGGGUUAAAAUACAUAACAUAAAACAAUUAACUUGCGAUAAACAUAAUACUCACAAACUAAUAAGCCAAUCAGCUAAAAUAGUCUGAUGGGCUUUAAAAAAAAAUAAUAAUCUUACCCUUAGCAACACGCCAUGACAAUUGACAAUUACAUUUAAAAAAACAAUCAAUAAUAAAUAUUACAUAUGUAACAUAUAAAUUAGAUUCUUUACAAAUAUUUUCUUGGCGUUUUACUAUUAAUAAAAAAAUUAAUACAAUUUUAAAAAAUAACAUAAAUAAAAAUCAAUAUAAUAAAUAAAACAAAAAGGGGAGAUUGGUGGCACAGUGAUUUAGGUUAAGCAACAACGAUGCUUCCAGAUUCACCAACAUGGGUUACAGAAGUGCAGAGUAAACCCCCCCUUAGAUAUAUUUGUUUUUUGCGACAUUUUAGCAACUUGUGCCCAAUGAACCCAGAGCCACAAGAUGUUCUAAAACACAAACCUCCAGUUUCCAGGCCAAUAGCCUUGCAGUAACAAGGUGUAAAGAUUCUACAGCCAUCCUGAAACCAGUUCGCAUUAACCCUAUAGUUGCCCUAACCAUACAGAGCUUCAUAAUUUGCUUAUGAACUUAUAGCCCAUUGCUUUUCCCAUGUGAUAGUUCUUACACAUCAGUCUACUCUUUGGGCUAGUUUGUGGGCCCAAAGAACUUCUAACAUUUGGCUUUAAAUGAAUUCAACAUUGUGCUUAAAAUCUCAAAUACUUUGCAUAAACAUAGAAUCUCCCAAAAACAAGGUUUUUAUAUUUUCUAAUAUCAUUUAUGCAGGUGGCGUGCCUUUACUAACGCAAGGCAUUUGCAAGAAUACUUGGAAACAGCACAUUUUGGUAUUUAAAGAUCUAAAUUAUCUGCCACUUUCCUUUCAUGCUUCAAUGAUGCUGCAUUUCAAUGUUUUUAAGGUGUGGUAAUGACUAUAGAGCUUUGCUAUAAAUCUGGAAGCACUCCCUCCUCCCUGUGAUCUUUUUUAGGGAAACCAACAAAUGUCUCUCAUAUGAGAAAGAUCAACAAUACAAUGAAAAGAAAUAAAAUGUCUGUGAAUGCCCAAUAAAAUUAUUUUAUUUUCUUCAACGCCCGCUGAACUACAUAUAAAAGAGGAACCACAGGCAGUGAGCAUUUGUACAUCAAUUGACAUUGUAAUCUAUACAGCCAAUUGUCUCCCAUCUCUUCUUCAACAUGAGCCACGGAAUAAAGUCAACAUCAGGAUCCCUGAAAGGAACCAGUCAUGUUGGUGGCCACUGUUCCAAGAUUUCAAGCCAUGUGUCUACCGUUCAUCAUGGAGGAUCUCAUAAAGUCAUUCAUGGAGGCUCACAUAAAGUACACAGUGGAGGAUCAAACCUGUCUCUCGGAGGAUUAAAUUUAGGACAUCAUAGUGGUCACUUCAGAGCCCCAAGUGUCCAUGGUGGAUCAGGAGGUAAAGGUAUCUCUAUUUCCAAACACAGCCAUGGGCAUAGCUCUGGAAGUCUACAUGGUGGAAAUAGUCAUGGUGGCCAUUUUAGCAGCUUCGCAAGCCAUGGUGGUUGGAAGAAUGAUGGGAUGUUCAGUGUUAAUGAGAAAGAAACCAUGCAGCUUCUGAAUGAUCGACUGGCUUCCUAUCUGGAGAAAGUACGCUCACUUGAGCAAGAAAAUGCCCAACUGGAGAGGAAUAUCCGAGAGUGGUAUGAGAAACAUCAACCCAGUGCUUUCCCUGACUUCAGCAACUUCUUUAGAACCAUUCAGGACCUUCAGUGUCAGGUGAGAUAAAAUUUAAAUGUUUGCGCUUAAAAUAUUUAUUAAACACAUAUUAAACAAAUAAGUACAAAUAAAUAUACUGGAAUCACAAUCUAGACAUUAAAUGAACUAGUCUAACUUUAACUGUGAUGUUUAUGUAUUGUAUGAUGUUCUUUAAAGAUCUACAAUGGAAUCCACCAAAAAUAUACAAUUUAGAAGAUAUACCCAAAGUAAAAUCUGCAAGUAUUAUGUUUCAGCCCAAAUAUGUAUAGUGUUUAAAGUCAACAGGAGAGAUCCUUGGGGCAGUGAAAAUAUCAUAAUUUCUGGGGAAGUACACACUUUGCAUUUGGGUAGUUUUAUUACUCAUUAUAGAUCCCCAAAAUGUAUUGCAGCACCAUGUAUGCGGUUUAUUUUAUUGUUAUGUAAAUAUGUAUUUGGUUAAUUGUCCAUUACUUACAUUGUGUUGCAUAGAUCACAAGCUUUACAUCAUGUUUAAUAAAUGUAUUUUUUCAAACCUGUCUCCAGACCUAACAUCAUGAUAUCCCUGAUUUAUCAGUGGUGAGUUAAUCAGUGGCUCUGUCACUUUAAUUGAGACAUCUUUUCAAAGAACUCAAAUGCAAUGACUGAUGCUGUUGAUGGAUCCUGAAUGUUAGGGGUCAAGAACACAAACUGUCUUCUAGACUUUAGGAUCAAAAUAGUGCUCUUACCACUUUUAACAUGUGUCUCCCUUGCUCGGAAAUGUGUAUUGUAAAGUCUAAAGACUAUUCUAGGGAAUUAAAAAUAAGUAAAAUAAUGUACAUUAAGUUUUGAACGCAAUAUCCAUUGAUUCUUCCCUUCAUUCUCGUGAAUCUGAUACAUUUGAUAUUGAGUUGGGAUAUGACAUUUCUUCUCUAGAGCAUAAAUGAACGGAAAUCACAAUUUAAAUUGUCACCACAUUAUAUAUAAAGAAAAAAAAGAAAAGAAAAGCAUAUUAAUAGACCAUAGAAUAGAAAAAAAGAAUAGUACAUUAUUAGCUUCCGUUGCUUACUUUUGAUUUUAGCUACGAGGACAAAAGCAAAACUGUUUGCGGAAUAUAGUUAGAUGUCACUACAUACAUGUUCUGAAAGACAUUCAUGGAUUACUGUGAAUAUUAGAAAAUAUCUUUGUAUGUUACAGAUCUCUUCAGCCACUGUGGAAAAUGCUAGGGUUGUUCUACAAAUAGACAAUGCCAGGUUGGCCGCCGAUGACUUCAAGAACAAGUAAGCAAAUUAUAUAAUGAUCAUUAAGUUAAAAGGAUAUAAAUAAAUGACACAAAAUCGAAGGCUUUCUGAUAUCAUAGGCUCUGUAAUAUGACAGUAUUGAAAUUCUCUAUUGGAAAAUAUUACUUUAAAUUUAUUUUUACACAUUUAUUUUUACAUAGGUACGAGAUGGAACUCCGACUGAGGAACAAUGUUGAGGCAGAUGUAAGUGGUCUACGUAGAGUUCUAGAAGGCUUGAACUCAGAAAGAUGCGACCUUGAAGUCCAGGUGCAGAACCUUCAGGAAGAGCUGCAACAAAUGAAGAGAAACCAUGAAGAGGUAAUCAUGUGCUUAAAGUGAUCCUGCCAUGACAGUUAUAGGUUUGCAGUUUUCUAACCGACUGGCUUGACUCACAUUAUAAAAUGAGUGUUACUUCUCCUAAUAUUAUUAAACACCCAUAUUUUCUGUUUAUUUCCAUUACCACUGUCUUCUGCUGAGAUCAUCAAUCAUGUUUUCAGUGAGUAUUACACUUGCUGUAAGAUACAUUUAUCCUGCAUAACCCAGUUUGGGAAGCAAAGACUUGCUUUCCAUAGCUGGUUUAAAGUCCUAAGCACUUUAUUCUGUGUAAAUAAAACAUUUCUGUUCUCUUUCUCAAUUCUCAGAUUGUCUGUCCAGAGCUGCUGCAAUAAAUUAUUCUAGCUGUUUCUCUCCUCUCUCCAUGCUGGUGCUGCUUUGAGGGGGCCUGCCCCUCAUCCCUACUUUCCCUUGUAGGCAUUGCCUUACCUUAACAUGAAUUCAAGAAAGAGAUAUACACAGAUUAGGUUUUCCCUGAUAACAGAUAUGCAGAGCACCAUCUUCUUAUCUCUGUACAGAGUGAACUGACUGAGAGGAGGGAGGAAAGGCAAUUUUUGAACCUCUGAAUUUUUAUAAAUCUAGACAUUUGCUAGAAAUUCUGCUAGCACAAUGUAGAGAUGAAAUCUGAUUCACCAAGUAUAAUGAUCAAGAGAGUGUCAACUAAAAGAACUAUGAGAUUAAAAACCUUCAACUUUACAGAUCACAACUAGUUGUGUUACACGUAAAUACAUUAAAGGGACACUGUAGUCACUAUAACCACUUUGUCUCUUUGAAUUGGUUAUAGUGCCUGGAGUGACCUGGCACUGUCCCUCCAUUCAGUGUUGCACCAUGUUUGUGCAGUAUGCCACAAAAUAAGAGUACCUGGCCACCCACAGUCCGGCCCCUUCUGUAUGUGUAGCUAAGGCAGAGAUUACACACUUCCUUGUUGUCAUACCCAUUCAUACAGUCAGUUGGAGCUCUGACAGGUUAAAAGCAGUCAGCUGACACACUCAGCCAAUCACAGCUGCCCAUUGCCUCUCAGGGUAAUACUUCCUUAUUAGCCAAAGCAGCACUGAGGGGAUAGACUGCCGUGGACUCUUGUUUAGACAUUACAACAUUAAAAACGCUUUAAUGCUGAAAGAAAUGAUGGUACCAGGGGACUCCAUAUAUUAUAACCAGUUUAAUGAGAUGAAGGAGAUACAGUGCCUACGGUGUCCCUUUAAUUUAUCUUGAGUAUUGUGUUAAGAAGAUAAAAUUGAAUGCAAAUGUCCCAAACAUGCUUAAUCAUUAUCUAUUUUAUUUGUAUUUUAUAGGAAGUGAACUCUCUGCGUGCUCAGUUGGGUCAAAGAGUAAAUGUGGAAGUUGAUGCUGCUCCAUCCGUAGAUCUCAAUAGAUCAUUGUCUGAGAUACGAGAACAAUAUGAAAACCUGAUGGAUAGGAACCUGAGGGAAGUUGAGAACAUGUUCUUGCAAAGGGUAAAUAAGUUUCAGUUUUACUAGACUUUAGGAUUAACACUAAUACAAUAUUUUAUUUAAUAUAUGUUACAUUGAUUGAUUAUACUGUAAUUUAGAAAAUAACAUAUUGGAAAUUUGAUAAAUAAACCAUUUAAUCUUUACAUACAUAUUUAUGUAUAUUUAUACUAGUGCAUUUUAGUGACAAUAGAGUGGAAUGUGUGAAACCUACUAUCAUAAAGAUGGACAUGCUAUUACUUAGAUAUUCCUUAUAGCUACAGGUACUUAUUUUCAUACGUAGCCCAACGUCACUCAAACACUCAUGACCACUGGGAGUGGCAGAGAGACUUGUUUUCCUCUUCAUCAUUUUAUAACACACUAAUGAAGGGGUUAGGUUAUUGGCAACAGGCUAGUCCAUGGGGGAAGGAGUGAGGUUACUACUUGGAGACCACUUGGUCACUUUAGAACUUUGUGACAAAGGGUUUAAAACAUUUUCUAAAGGGUGUGGACCUUUGAGAACGAUAAGGGAGACUGGGUUAGAGUCUGCUUUUACUUCCAUGGCUGCGUCCCACUCAUGAUUUCUGUUAGUGAGGGGAACUUGAAAUGGAGACAUAGUCAUCUUUACUAAAUGCUAUAUUCUCUUUUUAUGUAUUCUGUAUCUGUUUUCACAGACUGAGGAGUUGAAUCGUGAAGUAAUUUCAGGUUCCGAGCAGUUGCAGUCUGUCCAAACUGAGGUAAUUGAGCUCAGACGUAGUGUCCAGACAUUGGAAAUUGAACUGCAAAGCCUACAAAGUAUGGUAAGUACAGAAAAUAAUCAUAAAAUACAAGAACUUUCAUUUUGCUAAACCAGCAGCAACAUUUUCAUAAUUUCUUCAAAAUAUUGUCAUUUAAGAAAUGUGCUCUGGAAGGCACAUUGGCAGAAACAGAAGCCAGUUACAGCUCCCAACUCUCCCAACUGCAAGGUAUGAUCAACAACGUUGAAUCUCAGCUGUCACAGAUCCGAUCUGACCUGGAGCACCAGAACCAUGAGUACAAAAUUCUCAUGGACCAAAAGACCCACCUGGAGCUGGAGAUUGCCACCUACAAACGCCUUCUAGAUGGACAUGACAUCCAGUACGUAGAUUUAUUUGUUAUGAUUUGGGCUUUCUAUAAAAACAUUUUUUUUAAAAAGCAUAUUGGUGCCACUGUCAUGUCCAGUAUAAAAAUAAUAUAACAACUAGUAUUCAUAUAGCGCCAUUUUCCCAGUGGGACUCAAAGCACGCUCUCGGAAUUAACCAAAUUAGCAGCUGAAUAGUAUUAGAUAUUAUUAUUACCCAAUUGAUGGUACUUAUUUUAUCAACCUCAGAAGGAUGAAGGGCUGAGUUGACCCUGCCAUGAUUUUAACCUGUGGCAUUGUACUCAGGGAACUUACCAACUGAGCUACCUCACCGAAUUAACUCUUUGUUCCUCUGUCUCUUGAAGUUUCAAGAUUAUGAUAUUAACAAUUUUACAGUUAUUUCAUUGGGUGUUGGGUUGGUUGUUCACCAUAGCACUAGUCAAAUUAUCAAUUUAGAAAGUACUUGUAUGCAAAUAUGGAUAUUAUCGAACAUUAACAGGUAACUCCAAGCACCAUGACUAAUUCAGUGAUUUGCUGGAUUUAAUUUUUGGUAUUCAUAUCUUUUUUAGUGUUUCUGGACAUAACUUUUCAAGUGGCAAAGAAGGUAAAGUAUUUUUUUGUCCCCAUUAAAAAUCAAUACAUGAAUUAAAAAUAAUAUUUUAUGCUUGUGUAUCAAUUUGAGCAGUCUUGCACCCAAACAUCAUAGCUUUCACGUAAAUGAAAUUGUUUAUUUAAACAUUGCUCUAACGUCUUGAUUUGAUACUUCUGGAUAAACGUUUUAAUUGAUAACAAUCUGCUAGAAAAACUGUUCAAAUGAUUUACCUACAAAAAAUGCCUUCUGAUACUCCUAUCCCAGGUUUACAAACUGCCUGUGAAUUGGAAAAAACUCAACAUUUACUUUUUUUCUUGACCUCUCACUUAAUUCACAUGCCAUUGUCACAAUGACACAUCUCAUUAUGCCUAUUUUAAUUGGUUUUUCUAACUUUGUCAUUAUACAUUGUCAUUUUUUGUUUUUACUAUCCAAAUAUCUGCAUGUUUAUUUAUAUGUAAAUAAAACACAUUUUUCAAAUCAUUUCAAAAUAAACAUAAAGUUAUGAAUGUUUUCUCUGUUUUUAGGGUCUCACCAUCACGCCACAAUUUCCCAUCAUACCUCAGAACAUGCCCAUCACACCAAAUAGAUGGGAGAACCAAACUAAUUGGAGCAGAGCAGGAAAUCUUCAUGCAUCUUCCUAAAAGCUGAUAAAUCUGUCUCUUUUAAUCUGUGUUUGAAUUUCUCUCCUAUUAAAUCAUCCCUUCUCUUUAUUUAGACAAAUUAAAGUUUUCUGCAUUUGCUUUGUGUAUCAUUUUCUCAAAUUAAAUCUAUCUGUUUCAUGCAAA